CUCUUCUCUCCUCUCCCUCCCUCCCCCCUCCCCCCCUUCUCUCAGCCCUCGCCUCUCACGCACUUCCAAACCCUACAUCUGUUAGGAUUCGCCCCAAGUUUCUGUGUUUCUGUCGCUGGAUUUCACUUUUCUUUCAUUUCUUUUUGUGAAUGGCCAGCUCUACCACCAGCGGUGUUUAUAUCCAUGUCAUCGAGGACGUUAUCAACAAGGUCCGCGACGAGUUCGUCGGCAACGGUGGACCAGGAGAUGGCGUGCUGAAGGAGCUUCAAGGAUUGUGGGAACUUAAGAUGAUGCAAGCUGGAGCAAUUUUGGGUCCCAUAGACAGGACAACUCAAAAGGCUGGGGUAGAUGGUGUUACACCUAAUGCUGUGCAUGACCUAAAUGUGCCCUAUGAAGGAACCGAGGAGUAUGAAACUCCAACUGCCGAUAUGCUCUUCCCUCCGACUCCACUGCAGACACCUAUGCAGACACCACUGCCUGGAGCUGGGCAAACUCCAUUGCCAGGAAUGUCUCAGACGCCAUUGCCUGGAACAGCUCCAACUCCUCUUUCUGGACUCGACAGUGGUUCUUUGUAUAGUAUUCCUACUGGGGGCACCCCAAUUACUCCUAAUGAGUAUACAUCCAAUAAUGAAAACGGUGGUGUGCCUGAGAUUAAUGCUGGUCAUGGAAGACCUAGUCCGUAUAUGCAGCCACCUUCUGCUUGGUCAAACCAAAGGCCCCCUCUUGAUGUGAAUGUUGCUUAUGUUGAAGGUCGGGAAGAGAAUCAGAAAGGAGGACCCCACCAGCCAACAACUCAGGAUUUUUUUAUGCCUUCUGGAAAGAGAAAGCGAGAUGACUUUCCUCCACCUUACCAUACUGGUGGAUACAUCCCACAGCAAGAUGGAGCUGGAGAUAAUUUAUCAGAUGCUGCGGAGGUGGUUAAAGGUGAUUCCCAUCAAAUGUCUAUUCAAGGGGGAGUGUUACCUUCUAUGAAUAGGAUUCCUCAGCUGGAUGGUCAAGUGCCUGACCCUUACGAUGACAUGCUUUCUACUCCCAAUAUAUACAACUACCAAGGAGUUGUAAAUGAAGAUUACAAUGCGGUGAACACCCCUGCGCCUCACGAGAUGCAAGCUGCUACUCCUGCUCCUGUUCAGAACGAUCCUGCGGAUGAUGACGAGGACGAGCCCUUGAAUGAAGACGACGACGACGAUGAGCUUGACGAUGUCGACGAAGGGGAUGAUGAGAACACAAUGCAUUUGGUAGUAGCUCAGUUUGAAAAGGUGACGAGGACCAAAAGCAGAUGGAAAUGCACACUGAAAAAUGGCAUUAUGCACAUUAAUAAUAAAGAUUUUAUGUUCAGUAAGGCUACCGGAGAAUUCGACUUCUGAUUUUUGGUGAAGCAAUGGAUUGAAUAUGGCUUGGCUGGGGUGACUAGGGAAAACUUUUCGUUGGUCGAAUUGAAUCAGGACAAUGCUCAUCAUGCCAAGCCAUGUACAUACAGAGGUUCGACUCCAAUAUGCUGAAUUUAAAAAAACAAACCCUAGUAUCGAAUCCUGUAAAGUUAAAUUGCUGUCUGUGUCGUUUCUGUAUUGGAUCAAAAAUUCUUAAGUGGUGCGGCGUCUUCGUGCUACUUUGGGAAUGAAAUGGGAUCUCUGCAGAAUUCCAUGGAACUCCUCCAUAGAUGUACUCUCAAAGUUUUGGACUUAUUAGCAUCAUGACUGACUGUCCUUUGCUUCGCUUCUGCUUUCAGCUGCAAUUAAAAUAUAGAUGAUGGUAUUUUUCUAUCCA